AUUCGUUCAUGCCAUGGAAUGUUGCGAUGGUGUCUGUCGACCGUCCGAGUGUUGGGCGGCGUCGACGGUGGUCAAAGAAUCAGGUUACUGUCUUCUGCUAGCGCCCAUGUCCAAGAAUGCUUGCCGCGCAGUGCAGGGACCCAGGACACGAGCAAACGAUCUUUCAGGACAUCAGAUGAUCUUCAGGAGUCUGGUCCGUCCAAUAGCACUCGCGCCAUAAGUGCUCUCCAGGAAAUCCUAACGUCCCCUGCCCUGGUUCUGGACCCUUCCAGGAGGCCGACACCCAAUACUAUUCGUUCAUUUUAUAUCUCCGCAAAAGCACGGGACCAGUUGUCGCAGCUCGACUCAGGAAUGCUUAGCGCUUUGAUUGGUCUUUUUGCGUCAUUGUCUGUUGACUCAACAAGAAGAUGUGUGUAUACUAGUUCACUCCUUCCCUAUGUGAAAGAUGGUCCUGUAACUCGCGACUAUUGGGCAUUUGUGAAGGAGGUUGUAUCAUUAAAGCAGCAGAGGGGCAUGAGACUGGUGCAUUCAGACAGAUAUUGGAUGAUGCGAGCCGAGUUGGCGAGCCUUUCCCCCUCCAAAGAUGGCCAGCCCGGUUAUACGCACCCAUCUGAUCGCUCUCUGUUCCGCGCCCGAAAACAAUACCUCCACUUUUCUCGACAUGUUUUCGAUCCGGAUGUCCACGUCCAAUAUCUGACAGCGCUUUUAUCCAGCACGAGCCCUCUUCACAAGCAGUGGGCCAUUGAUGCGAUGACCUCCAUCCUUCUCACUCAUCCGUUUCUUCAUGCGAAAGUGUUGAAAGUGUUAUUGGGGAUAGUUCAUGACACAGACACCGAACAUUUGAGAUCCAUUCUAUCAGCUAUCUCAAUCCGGGUCACCCGUUUUCCGUCGCCGUGUGGGGAUACUACGAAGGCUCCUAUGGCUGUUCCUGUCGAUGCCACCACCUUCACGUCCGCUCUUUCGGUAUUUCCAUUACCCGUGCCAAGUCCCUCCCCCCAUAUGAAAGUCAUCACGGAGUUGCUGCACGAGGCUUUUUCAUCCAACAUUCCACUAGUCCAUCGGCGAAGAAAUCUGCUCCUGUGUUCACUGCUGUAUAGCUGCAACAGCGGUGGAAUUCCUAUUUCAUCGCUUGAUUUUCCUCUGGAUGGAGGUGCAUCCGUGUGGCAGACCCUGUUCGCCCUUGCGAUUCUCGAAGAGGUUACGCGAGCCGCGGGUCCAGCCCUUCUUCACGAUCGUGCUCUCCGCGGACGUAUACAAGAGAUGAUACAUUCUCUUCAUGAGUCCUGGCUGCACCUCGUGCCCAAUGAAUCGCACCCCACUCUCAUUUCACGUGCUGUUACGACUUCUCUUUUUCGCCUCUCCGCUGCGGUUGCAGAUCCGAAGCUAUUCGCGGCGUGCCUGGAAUCGAGUACAAACUUCGGACUUUGGACCGGUGAUUCUUCAGACACCGUAGAGGGACCCCAAUUAGCAGCAAUGGCAGCGAUGCAUCUUGCUGCCUUUAUGCAAGUCCGUGGGUGUGGAACGGAAUUGGUCAUAAAGACGUUGAGUUCCUACUCCACUGACGUGCAGCACCAAUGUGCUGUUGCGUCUGCGGCUGUCAAAGACCUCAUUCAUCGUGAUGUUGAGCUCGCCCGCAUAUUGUACAACAUUACUAUCCGCAGUGGCCGCGACAUUGAUGUCGAUACCACAUAUACUCUGGCUAGGACACUCCCACCUCAUCAUGCUGUGGGGUUUCUUAUGCACGAACGAUUCUCCCGAGUACAAGUAGGAGGCCUCCUGAGCAGUAUUGCUCGUUUCCUCAAGGAGACGAGGCAUCAACAUUACGAUGCUGAUCUGUUCAAUGACGUUGGGAUUUCCCUCCGCAAAUUCUAUGCGAUCUCCCCUCCCCCAAUUCACUUCCGUGGGCACCUUCAGCUUCUUCUAGCCGAGCUAUGCACGCGGGGCAGGGGGUUCCAGACCACGGCUAUUAUUGCUAACGUCAUCAAAUUCCAACCGACCUUCUUUCAAUCCUCGUUCUUGCUGCGGCUAGUUCGCCUCUUUUUGCGCCGCAAGCAAUUUCGUUGCGCAUUGCGAAUGCAGAAAAUUUUAAUUGACGCACGCGGGGGAUGUACUACCAACCUACGUUACAUGGUCACUACACGCCGCUGUGUGACAGCUAGUAGACACCUAUCCACGAAAGGGCGCAAGUCGUAUACCCUGUUUCGAGGUGGCUGUUUCUGGGCAGCGGGGACUUCAUUCAAGAGCGUUAUGAACAGUGGCCCAGUAUACAACAGAGUUCUACAAGAUUUAAUCUACGCUAGGCGACCGCAUGCUGCAAAGGUCGCCUUUAGUCGUGUUGCAAGCAAGGUGGACACCAAAAGCCGGACAAUCCUAGGCAACACGCUUUUGCAUGGUGUCGUAACACGUCCGGUCCCAAGAAACGGCAGACGUGUUCGGAAGCUCCUGGGACUCCUCAACAACCUCGUGAGCUACCAGCAGUUUGCGCCUGACAGGAUAACUGUCAACAUCAUUUUGAAGGCGUUGAUAGCUUGGCGGACUGCUUUCGAUUAUCGGCGUUUACGCGCGCUGUUCGACCACAUGGUUCGUGGUGGAUACCCUGCAGGAAUCUAUUCCCCUUCCCAUCCGCCCUUUAACACCCCGAUUCUGCGCACCAGUGGAACGCUCGCGCUGUCGAAGCUUCCGCCUUACAUAUCGUUUGAGAAGCAUGCGAAGCCGAUGCUCAAGAUGUUUAUCAAGGCAUUUUAUCUGCGGAAUGAUGUGGAGGCUGCACGCACGGUGGUAGAGAUUUUGAAAAUCGAGCAGCAGAAAGCUACAUUGCAGAGAGAGCAACGGUCAGUGGCGCGUUCGAGAGGGUGGAUGAAGGCAGAGAGUAAUACGAGCCGCAGGGAUGACACCACUCAUGUUCAUAAUAAUAGAUCAUAAUAGACUUUGGCUGCUACUUUGGGGAGGAACUGUCGAAAACUCCACCGCCGUUU